CUUCUCUUUUCGAUGUUCAUUUGUUUCUUUACUGCUACUAUUACUAUCCAAUGAGAAAAAGCACGUCGCGCCAGAGUACAUCGUCAUUAAAAUCCAGUAUCGUCUUACGGAACAGCAACCCCUGCACUUCAACAACAAGACAAAGCUCAUCCAGCAGACGGGCGCUUCUUUACUGUUACAAGAAGCACCAACGCAUUCGACUCUCACGACGAUGCACUUACCCACUCACAUACAGCACUGCAUCAACAUCAAUGCGCCUCUAUGCUACCCGCCAUCUUGCUGCAUCACCUAAACCGGAACAACAACCGCCAACACCACCACCGCCUGUCUUUUCAACUCUAUUCAAUCGCGCAGCAACCAUCUCCUCGGCAAGCGCAUCCUCGACUGCUCGCAAUUCCAUCCCUACAACAGUGUCAUUUGUUGGUCUUGUUUCAUCUCAUAACGAUUAUUUGCAUCAUCCACCCGUCUUUCACACACAGUCACUUUUGUUUUUGUUCGGAUUUCUGUUCUUUCCUUGUUGGUGGAUUGGCGCUUUUUGUUGUUAUCAGCAACAGCCGCAGAAAGUCAACAACACCUUGGACGGGUGCCGGCAGCAACAGUGCUAUCAACAGCAGCAGAAACAACACUAUCAAACAAUGAUACCUGUGCAUCCUUCAUUACUUGCGAACGGUCGUGUUGCUCGCGUGUACUAUGGCUGCCCCCUCAACCAAUCCUACUAGAAGAUGAAGAGAAAGGAACAGUAGACCACGAUAUCAACAUAAACAGGAGUAGUAAUGGUACUAUUGGCGAUACACGCAUAGUACACAGCUGGUAUGAGCGAGAGAAGGAUAUGUAUCAACGUUUGAACAAGUACAUGAGCUUUGCAUCAAUCGGUUUGAUUGCGUUGGUCAUUGCCAUGUUGGUCUGGUACGAUAUUGGUGUGCGGCGCUCAUGGUGGAAAGAUCU